UGUGGACAACAGAACAAACGUAACAGCUUCCGGUUUCCUUUAGAAUUCGUGCGUGCUUGUGUGAGCGUUGAGUUUUAAUUAUUUCAAAUGUCUGAAAAACGAAACAAUGUGAUGUUUAUUAAUAGUAGCUGAUAUACAACAACAAGUAUUGCAUCUGGCGUAUUUUAGAUCAUAGGCUACUCAUUUUGCUAGCCAUUUACAGAGAUUUACAGAGAGAAGUUAUAACCUUGGUAUCACCGGUCCAAAUGGCUGUUUUCUGUCGUGCAUUGCAGAAACCUUCAUUUGCAGUUAAGAAUUUGCCAGAGGCCACACAGUUGCCCUGGAUCGUGUCUCUACGCUGCAAAUUCACCAAACCACGCAUUCCUCCAGAGGUGUUUGAGGAACGGUCCAAAGAGCACGAGAAAUAUGGCGGUGACCCCGAGCAACCUCACAAGCUGCAUCUUGUCACAAGGGUGAAGACCGUGAUUCGCCGACCCUACUGGGAGAAAAAGAUUGUGCACGACCUUGGCCUGGGAAAGGCCCACCAAGCUUGUGUACAUAAGAAUAUCCCUUCGGUCAAUAACAAACUGAAAGUCAUAAAACACCUUGUAAAGAUCCAGCCCCUGAAGCUGCCCCAAGGCCUUCCGGCUGAAGAGGACAUGGCCGACACGCUGCUGACCAGCAGAGGAGAGCUGGUGGUCAGAAAGCGACUCAAACCCCUGGAGCCGAAGGCCAUCGAGCCUUAGGCCAAAGUGUCAUGCUGGCUAUCCUGUAAAAUAAUUAAAUCUUUCUAUUGCUAUGCCUUGUGAGGACUUUUAUUCUGAAAUGUGCCAUGCUACAGGCACACAAAGAACAUUUGGUGAUGUUGUACUUAGACAUAGAAGUUUUUUUUGUUGAAAGAAUCAUAAUGCACAUUUGGGUAUUACGUAAGCCCAGAAUGACUCUGCAAAUGUUUUGCAUAGCUAAGCUGUUACUGGUGUAGCCACAUGUUUUCACAAGAGACAGAUAUACCAGGGAGUCCGUUUAUUUUAAGAUAAAGCACACAUUUCCAGAAAAACCUCAAAACCUGUGCUACCAUCUUAAGCAAUGAGACAAAACGAGGAGGAGGAGGUUCACAGAAUGACACAGUUAGUCCCUCAUAGGCAGCUGAAGGAUCACUCCACCCACCCACCACCCCAAAAUAAAGAGGCGAUCAUUAAUGUUAGUGCCACUGCUGUAAAAAAAAAAGAAAAUUAAACAUUUUAAAAGCAAAAGAUGAAUACACAUCAGAAAGAUUUUAACAUUCAGAUAAAAAUCUAAUUUCAUCAAAAUGUACUGUUACAGGCACAAGUCCAAGAGGGGGAUAUUGCCUAGUCAUUGGGCUUGAUGUUGCUGCAUCAAACCACCUUUUUAAUUUUGAUCUGGGGUGUUCAGUCUUAUCUGAAAUGGGCUGGUGUUUUUGUUUAAGCCCAGCACUAAGACACCUGAUUCUGCUUAUCAAGGUCUUGACGAAUUAACUGAUCGUUUUCAGUCGAGUCAGGUGUUGUAGUCCUGGGCUGAAAUAGAAGCCUGCACCCACACCGGGCCCUUUUCGGAUGAGACCACACACCCCUGAUUUGCCGCAUGCUGCAGUGUGUUUAUAGCUCAGACAGAACCAGUCUCCAGGUUAGUGUACAAACAUGCUUGGUAAAUUGUGAUAUUCAGAAUCACAGAAUACACCCAGUUACUGAUACCUGCAUUUAAGAUGGUUCACUACAGGCAAAUUCAGUACCAAAUAAAACAAUAUUUUUCAAUUAAUUAUUUCAACAAAAAAAAAAGUCAAACAAAAA